AUGCGGUAUGCGCCCGCGCCCGCGGCAUACUGCUCUGCGACCUCGGUCGUACUCAGCGACCUCGGUCGUACAAUUGGCCGGCUGCGCGGGUUUUCGGCGAGUUUCCCGCGCACCGGCCACGAACUCGACUCGCACAGCAAAAAAAUCCGGCUGCCUGCAGACGCUCAGCCCCCGGCUGAGCUGCCGAAUCCUCCCGGCUAA